UGGGUGUGUGUUUAUUGCAUAAAUGGGUGUGUGCUUAAUUGCAUAAAUGGGUGUGUGCUUAAUUGCAUAAUUGGGUGUGAGCAUAAUUGCAUAAAUGGGUGUGUGCAUAAUUGCAUAAAUGGGUGUGAGCUUAAUUGCAUAAAUGGGUGUGUGCUUAAUUGCAUAAAUGGGUGUGUGCUUAAUUGCAUAAAUGGGUGUGAGCUUAAUUGCAUAAAUGGGUGUGUGCUUAAUUGCAUAAUUGGGUGUGAGCUUAAUUGCAUAAAUGGGUGUGAGCUUAAUUGCAUAAAUGGGUGUGAGCUUAAUUGCAUAAAUGGGUGUGUGCUUAAUUGCAUAAUUGGGUGUGAGCUUAAUUGCAUAAAUGGGUGUGUGCUUAAUUGCAUAAUUGGGUGUGUGUUUAUUUGCAAAAAUGGGUGUGAGCUUAAUUGCAUAAAUGGGUGUGUGCAUAAUUGCAUAAAUGGUGUUUGCCUAAUUGCAAAAAUGGGUGUGAGCUUAAUUGCAUAA